CAAACAUGUAGCAAUGCCAAUGGCUCUAAUGCGAACGAAUGGUAUCGUUCGUCAAGUGUCUCCUCGGCUUAAGAAAUAAGUAGUUUUUUUUAAAUACCUAUUUAAUAAAAAAUACCAGGAAGCGCUACUGUAAUUUCCGAUAAAAAUCUAUCGAAUCUAUCGCGUCUUUCAACGCUUGUCAUUUUUGAAGUUUGUUUAAAUCGUUCAAUUUACAUGACAUGGUAAUAUUUUACAACGUUAUUUUCCUGCUCAUCUUCCUACUUGAAACGAGCAUAUCCGAGGAUGAUCGAACGUUAUGGAAGGCCAGAAGGGAACUAGCCCGCAGAACCAGAGAGUACCUGCGCACGAACCCCAUGAGCGACGAUUUGCGCCAGUUCAUCCAGGAAGCGCGCAGGAGUCGCAGGAAGAAAAGGCAAGGUCAUAAUAAUAUGUAUGCAGUUAAAAAUGGCGAGGUCGUGCCUUUAAACGAAAUCGAACAAGACAUAAGCAAUAGGGACACUGUUCUAGGUGAAAAUUUCACGGUCGUUCCACUAAUCAUACCUAUUCCUUUGGAGAAUAACGUUACUCUUAAGGACAGAGAUGAUAAUAGAAAUAAUAAUGAGGAGACGACUCACAGAGGUAGAUUUGGCGACGGUGAUCAAAUCUCAGAAAAAGAAGAAACUGUAGUUGAUAGUGUUAUAAAAAAUAAACUUAAAUCUACAAGUGAAUCUACGGCGUUGAGCAAAGUUUUGGAAGACGUUGAGAGCCUUAUUAACUCGCAAAGGAAACAAAAAUCUGCUAACGAUGGGGCUCUAUGCAGUGUUUAUGGCUUUUGGGAUAGUAAGGCUGCAGGAGUUAGUUUUCAUAUCAGAAAAUCCGACGACCAGGAUACAAUUAUUAUGAAAAAAACAGAACCUGCCACCGAAGAAGGUUUUAUGCAGCGUACAAGAUGGAACGUCACUAUUUUGAUACCUUUUGAACAAAAAGCGCAAGUGAUUAUUUCUGGAGUGUGCCAAAAGAAUCACAGGAUUGUUGCGUUUUUAGGAGAAUGUAGAGUGUGUGAAGGUAGCGAAGCAAUUGUUGGAGACUGGAUGGUGGGAAGGCCAUCAUCUGGAUGCAAGGACCAAAAGGCAUCGCACGCAUUUUUUGCAGACGUCAUUAGAAAAAAUAAUAUCGAAACUCUGAGGGAGGAACAUCUGAAUAAAUGCACCACAGAUAUGAAUUUGCCUUCAACCGACAUCGAUAGCGACUAGAGAAUAUAUCAGGUUAAUAAAUAAACUUAUCGGAAUACUAAUUUUUAUUUUCUCCGUUAUAUAAUUAUACAAUAUAACAAAACUGUAUAUUAAUAUAUAACAAUUUAUUGAAUAAAAGA